GCAGCGAGACGAAUGGGAAAGUGGCGAGUGCAGGCUCUCCGUCCCACACGCAUGGAUCGCAGCGCGGAGUUCAGCAGGUGGAAGGCGCAGUGUCUGAGCAGAGCGGACCUCAGCAGGAAGGGCAGUGUGGACGAGGAUGUGGUAGACCUUGUGCAGCUCCUGAACGCGCGGGAGCAGUUCUUCACCACCAGUUCCUGCGCGGGCCGCAUCCUCCUCCUGGACGGGGGUAUGAAUGGUUUUGAGGUACAGAAGCAAAACUGUUGCUGGCUGCUGGUUACACACAAACCUUGUGUAAAAGAGGAUGUGGUGGUGGCUCUGAAGAAAGCCAGCGGCGACGCAGUCUUGAAAUUUGAGCCCCUUGUUCUUCAUGUGCAGUGUCGGCAGCUGCAGGAUGCGCAGCUCCUGCAUUCAGUGGCAGUUGAUUCUGGUUUUAGGAACUCUGGCAUCACAGUGGGAAAGAAAGGAAAGACUAUGUUGGCCGUCCGGAGUACACACAGCUUAGAAGUUCCAUUAAGCCAUAAGGGAAAAUUGAUGGUGACGGAGGAGUAUAUUGACUUCCUGCUGAAUAUAGCAAAUCAAAAAAUGGAGGAAAACAAGAGAAGAAUUGGAAGGUUUUACAACUGCCUACAACAUGCUUUGGAAAGAAAAACAGUGACUAACUCACAUCCCAAGUUCAAAGAGAAAAACAACCCAACCGGUUCUCCUAAGAAAGAAAGAAAAGCGGCCAAAGCACAUGGCAAGUGUAUCCCUGAAGAAAAUGAGAAAGAAAUGGAAAAUGAUGGCUGUGAUGAUCUGGGAAUCAGUGUUACUCUCUUCCCUGAAGAUUACUAAGAUUUGAUUCUGAAGUAUUAUGGUCAAAUGUUAUUUGUGAUAGAUUUUAUAAAGCUGCUCUUUAUAAGAGUUUUUAGUUGUUCAGUGUAUUGUUGAGUGUUGCUGUCAGAAAAGCAAGAUCUAAUUUCUCUGUAUUUUAGAGAAGCUGAUUUUACAAUCACAGGUGGCUUUUGAAAAAAUACCUUUAUUACUGUUUGCUCAUUAAAUGUUGCCUCUUUUAGGCAUACAACAAAUCAUUGCAAAAAUAAAGUUAUGACUUUGAGUGCU